AUGGCCAUAGUGAAGGAGGUUUUUGAGAAGCCACUGCGGCAAAACGCCGUUUUGACGGAAUACGAAUGUCACGAAAUCUUCGUGAACUGGGAUGAAUUGCAUCAUUGCAAUGAUAAACUUCUGAGAGCUUUAAGAGUACGAAAAACCAGGAGCAAUCACGGGAUCAUCAGCACUGUGGGCGACAUCAUGUGCGAGAAUUUCCCAAAUAUGACUCAGUACAUAAGGUACUGUGCUUGUCAACUGCGGGCUUGUGAAAUUUUGCAUCGCAAAAAAGAAGAAAACUCUGAAUUCGAAGCGGUGCAUCGUAUAUGCGUUACCGACGCACGAUCCAAAGGAAUGCCUUUGAGUUCGUUUUUGCUGAAGCCAACUCAGCGGAUCACUCGUUAUCCGUUACUUCUAAAAAAUAUUCUUAAAAAUACUCCUAUUGGACAUCCGGACCGACUUUACUUGGAGGAAGCUUUGGAAAAAGCAGAGGAGUUGUGCAGCCAGGUGAACGAAGGCGUUCGAGAGCGUGAGAAUUCCGACACGUUGGAGUGGAUUCAGUUGCAUGUGAACUGUGAUGCUUUGCCCGAAAAGAUCACUUUCAAUUCCAUCACGAACCUUCUCGGACAAAGGAAAUUUUUGCACUACGGCUCCCUUUCAAAAAGCAAGAGUGGGAAAGAGCUGAUGGGUUUUCUGUUCAACGACUUUUUUCUACUGGCCACUCCCACAAAGCCGAACACGUGUAAAAACCUCAAUAUAAAACGCCAACCUCACGUUUAUCUGCAGUUGUAUCGAGAUCCUUUGAUUUUGAACGAAAUCCUCAUAGAGAAAGCAGGACCUGAGUUUUCGGAAGAUUCGUCGCACUUUAUCUUGAAAACCCUGAAUACUGUGGUGGGUCUGAAAGCUUCGACCCCGGGUGAUAAACAAGCUUGGGUGAAGAGAAUUCGCGCAGCUGCGGCUUCCUAUGCAUCAACAGAGAAGAGCUUACUUCAGCGACAAGCUUCAGCCGAAGAUCCUCCGAAAGGCCGCGUACUCGUUGGCGUAAUCGGCGCAUUCGAUCUUGCUCAAGGAAAGUCUGUGAGGCCGAGGCCGUCAAAAGGAGUUCUAAGAGUUUUGGUGGCGUCCGCUGAAGAUCUCGUGCUCAAUAUUACAGGGAAAUGUGACCCAUUCUGCGAAGUAACAAUGGGCUCUCAGGUCCACCGAACCAAGGUUGUCAAUGGUGCUGUCAAUCCCAAGUGGAAUCAUUCGAUGCAGUUUGUGGUCAAGGACCUAAAGCAAGACGUUCUUUGUAUAACAAUUUAUGACAAGGACUUAUUUUCCCCUGACGAAUUUCUGGGCAGAACGGAAAUGCGGGUCUCCGAAAUCAUGGAAGAAACCGGAUGCACCCGAGGACCCGUUCUCAAACGUUUGCCUCUCUACGAAGUUCAACACGGCACCGUCGAAGUGAAAUUCGAUUUGCAGCUCUUUCAAGGCGACGGAAACCAAAGAUCCGAUAUCCUCGUGUGUUCAUCUGACGGUUAUAUGAGGGGUGAAAAGGAUCGAGUUCGAAGGCAAGCUGCUGAUGUCACCAAAAAGGAAGGACUGGUCAGUGCUUUGCUGGGAUUCGAGAGCUACGGGGCUCAUCAGGAGUAUGAGAGGUUUCUUUCUUCUGGAGUAGAGUCGCAUGGAUGGCUGGCAAAGGAUCGAGAAGGACGCGAUGCUUUCGAAAAUAUUCCGCAAAUGUCGCUCCUGCAGGGUUUUGUAUUGGUACCCAUAACGGUACCCGUAAGCCGGGGCAGCAGCAGCAACAGCGGGGUAAGAACCCGCGGCGUAGUAACCCGCCGGGUACCCGUAGUUGUAAAAGUAGUUGGGCUUGACGCCGUAGGACUUGAAGUAAGUGGGCGCCGCGGCGCCUUCGUAGGACGUCUUCACGUAGGUCGUGGGGUGUUCAGCAAAGGGCGCCACGGUUUCGUAGGUCUUGAAGGAAGCUGGCGACGGGGUUUCGGAGACGUACCUGUGACCGUGCUUGUGACCGUGCUUGUGACCAGCUGGCGCCGCUUCGAAGGUCUUGUAGGUGAAUGCUGGUUCUGCUACGGCGGCGGUUUCGUAGGCUUUGUAGGCGACUGGCACCGGGGCGUCAAAGGCGGUUUUGAAGGCCACUGGGGCGGCUUCGUAGGGCUUGUAGGCGAAUGUGGAGUAUCCCGAGUACCCUGCUGCUGCUGCUGGGUAGGCGGCGGUGGCAUAGUAAGGCGUGGCGGCGAAGGAGGCUGGGAAAGCGGCGGCGUACGGAGUGUAGGCUGGGAAUACGGCUGGCCCGGCUUCGGCUAA